AUGAAAGCAAGAUUCAUUGGCUCGGUCGUGUCACACUUCAUGCCAAACACGGCCAAGGUGCAAGUCACCAAGCUCAAGCUUCAUCCCAAGAUUCAUAAAACCGUCAAAGUUCGUAAAAAUUACCUCGUACAUGACACGAUGAACGCAAAGGUGGGCGACACCGUCGCCAUUGAACAUUGCGGACCCAUUUCCAAACUGAAACGCUUCAUGAUUACAGAGAUUUGCAAACGGGAGAAUGAAUGA